GCUCUCUUACGAGUUUAGAGGGAACAGUCAGGAAAACAAACAGGUCGAACGAAGAAAUAUCAGUAACCGGUCUGUUGAAGAGGUUAUUUCACGGGGAAUGGCUUGUUUUCAUGCAUUUGUUAAUCCAUGCAUGUAGCUUUUUCUACACAUAUUCGUGCUUUCGAAUAUCGUUAGUUUUGACCCGUGCUAGCAGCAGAGUAUGUUGCCGCUUUCUAACAUUUGGUUAGGGUUUAUGGAGCACGUAGUCUAUCCGCUGCGGUGUUGUGUUUUUCAUGUCAGUGUUUAUCAAUUCUAACUCGACGUCCAUAGAUAGACAUUGACCACAUUCCGCUUUAAAUUCGGUGCUAUAAAUUGAUCGCUAUGCAUACGAGGCGUUUAGUGAAGCGUUCAAUCCUGGGGAGCCGGGUGUAUGCGCCGAGUCCGACUGGGGACGGGGCUCCGUUGACAGGACUGGUACAGGCUGUCAAGCAGGAAAACAGAGACGUUUCAACCGGACCUCGGCGUAACGUCUACACGGUACUAAUGCAAGACGGAAGCCUGAAAGAAUUCUCCGAGGACGAGAUAGCCGUGGGCUUCAACCAAACGACCGCGAAAGGACCGCUCAAAUCCAGCUUGAAGCAGAGCUCCAGUAACGGCCGGGGGGACGGGACUCCACACCAGGGCCAGAACGGGGAGGCCAACUCCCUGAGCCCAGAUGCGGUGGAGGGGGAGCGGGCAGUGGAUGGCAGGAGGACAGGGCGCACCUUGGAGGGUCCUGAGAGGGACCACACCCGCUCUGUCUCCCUGCUGGACCAGAAACGUAAGGUGGUGUCAUCCAGCAUCGAUGUGCCCCAUGCCAGGAAGUCAGAGGAGGAAGUGGACAUGGACAAGGUGACAGCUGCCAUGGUUCUGACCAGCCUGUCCAGCAGUCCACUGGUCAGGAGCCCCCCAGUUAAAGUCAGCGAGGGUCUGAAUGGCUCGUGGAAGGAGAGUGGUGGGGGCUUCACCCCCUCCAGUUACAGCAGUAGUGGCUAUUGGAGCUGGAGUGGCCCUAGUGACCAGUCCAACCCGUCCACCCCCUCCCCACCGCUAUCUGCAGACAGCUUCAAGCCCUUCCGCAUGUCCAGCGUCAACGGCCCGCCCCCCGACGACGCCAUCGACGAACAGGAUGGCAGCAGCCUGCUCUUCGACGAGCCAAUCCCACGCAAGCGCAAGAACUCCAUGAAGGUGAUGUUUAAGUGUCUGUGGAAAAACUGCGGGAAGGUUCUGAGCACGGCUGCUGGGAUACAGAGACACAUCCGGACCGUUCACCUGGGGCGUAACUGUGACUCUGACUGCAGUGACGGAGAGGAGGAUUUCUACUACUCGGAGAUCAAACUCAACACAGACUCAGUUGCUGACGGUCUGAGCAGCCUGUCCCCCGUCUCCCCCUCCGUACUCUCCCCCAUCUCUCCCCCCCAUGACCACCACAGACGACCCCCUGCAGAGGGCAGCAACGGGACCAAUGGGAACAAGGAUAAUCACAGCCACACCCACUCCAACAGCACGCCCCUCAGUCGCUCUGCCCCCAGCGCCCUCUACCUCAUCCACGCAGAGCACGCUUACCAGGCCACAGCUCCAGUCACCAUCCCCUUCUCUGGCUCUGCUGCCUCAGGCUCUGCUGCCUCAGGCUCUGCUGCCUCAGGCUCUGCUGCCUCAGGCUCUGCUGCCUCCACCUCCUUCACCCCCAGCAGCAGCUCGACCUUCAGUAUCUCCUGGCAGUCACCUCCUGUCACCUUCACUGGCACUGCUGCAUCUCCCACCCACAGUCGGACACAGAGCUUUGGGGAGCAGCGGUCCCAGACAAUAGCAGUCCUCUCCUCCCCUCCUAGAGCCACUGGCUCACUCAGCCGUAAGUCCCGUGGCGAGGGUAAGAAGUGUCGUAAAGUGUACGGAAUGGAGAACAGGGACAUGUGGUGCACUGCCUGCCGAUGGAAGAAAGCCUGCCAGAGAUUUACCGACUGAACCAACCCAGCAACCGACCAACCGUGAGGGUUCCCCGUGGCAACCAGGGGCGUUCCUUUCUGUUCCCGUCCUACGCAUGCGUUGUCACUCCAAAACCAACGUUGUCACACCCUUCUACAGUCCUGGUCCACUCCACCCCAACCAUAACCCGACCCCUCCUGACCCACCCCAGCAGGACCAAGGGGGUGGAGCCUCCUACUGUUCUGAGUAUAUCCCAAGCUAACUCCAGCUCCCUCCCAAGACUUCCAACCGGGGAACAAAAAUAACCUCGGACCUAAUUGUCAGGUCAGCCAUGAAGGGACCAGAAAAGAGGCACAUUUUGUUCCAGAACGUCUCAGUAUUUUUUUUAAAAUUGAGAAUGGGCUUUUUUUUUUGCUUUGAGAGAAGGUCAUAAUAAAAAGAGAACAGGGAAAAAUCAUUGUUUCCCAUGUAGACUCCUUCUUUCCCCACUGGCCUGCUUCUUCUACUGGGUGCUCUGGAUCUCUACAACCACAGGCCCCCUCUCUUCCCCGUCCUCACCCCAGGGAAUGUAUCUUGUGUCUGGACUCGGCAGGGGGAAGAGGGAGGGGUGGAUAGCACCCCCUAGUGGGGUUAAAUGGAUCAAUGCAACAACAGCAAAAAUACAAAUACACAUUCGGGGUGCAGAACAGACCAACCUUGCCAGCAGCAAUGAGCCCUACACCCCAACACUGCAUCACAACCGCAACACAGGACCACACAGUUUUCUAUCUACAUUUUAUAUAUAUAUAUCCAGUUGACUGAAGCUAAAAAGGGUCAUUUUCUUUCAGGGAGUGUUGAUCAAAAGAAAGGAAACAUUUCAAUAUAGUUAUUUACAGUGAGGGUUUUGGUCACAUGAUAUUUACUUGCAACCAAAAAGGUUAUUAUAAAAAAAAAUGUAGGUGCCAUUUUCCCUAAUGUUGUUAUUUCUCUGUAUCUAUUCUUCUUGGUGUAUUGAAAGCACAAAAGGACUGUUUUUGCUCACUAAGAACUCAAAACAUUACACCCCUCCCACACACUUUGGGGCAAAACAAUCAACCGACUUAAAAUGGGUCUGCAUACAAGUUCCCCUCUUCUUCCAUCCGGAGUUAGUUCCUAUUUCUAACGGUUUGUUUACGGGCGCCAUACUUUACCAAAGCCCGUAGGUCCCCAAAGCCCGUAGGUCCCCAAAGCCCGUAGGUCCCCAAAGCCCGUAGGUCCCCAAAGCCCGUAGGUCCCCAAAGCCCGUAGGUCCCCAAAGCCCGUAGGUCCCCAAAGCCCGUAGGUCCCCAAAGCCCGUAGGUCCCCAAAGCCCGUAGGUCCCCUAUCCACUCAAUUUUCCCUUUCCUUUCCAAUACCAAAAGUGAAGCAAGAACUUUUAUUGUAUGUGUGUGACGUGCAUGAACAGUUGUAAAGGCGGAUCCUGUUGGGUCGGGGUGAACAUCUCACUCUCUCUCACCCUACUGACCUUCCAGGUCUGAGAGAAUAGUGGUGAAGUAAGCAUGGUAACAUCACCUGUACCAUACUGUGGCCGGUCCAGCCCAGACCUCCUUGUUGGAAAAUGGGAGAUUUCUUUAACUCGGCACACUGCACUCACUCCAGCUCGGCCAGCACAUCACUCUAUGGGCUUCAUAAGUAGGAAGAAACUGUGUGAUUGAUGGGUGGCAGAGGCCGGUCCACUGGUGCAGCUACCUGAUUGGUUAUGUGGACCUGGCUGUCCCCACCCACUCCACUUCCUCCUGAUGAGACUGGCCACCUGGUUGGCUUGGACGCGGGAGGUUGACUCACUUUGAAAGGGACAUUACUGUAUGUGGUAGAUUAUGAACUCUUAUGGAAUCACUCUGUUGUCAGCUAGCUAGUUCUCUCUGUCUGUCUGCUCAGACACUCUGGCUGUUCUAAGGCUGCGCACCGCAAGCCUUCUUCCAAAGUGUGGACUUGCACAUUUCCGGUCAUGGAUUUAACAAUGGUGUGAACUCUCUCCUGACAGUUUUUUACACCAAUCCUAUGCUUUUAAAUCCAUGAAUCCAUGAAUGCACAUUUCGGGACACAGCCUGAAACUCUUAUAUGAAGGUCAAUAUAACAAGGUGAAAGAAGUCAACACACAGUCCAACACCAGCUAUAUAAACACACUAGUAAUCCCGCUCUGUUCACAACCCAGAUUCCUCCGGGAUUAUUUAGCCUUUAUUUCUCUCAACCCUUUUCUAUUUUUGUCUUUUUAUCAGAAUGUUUAUGUAGAUGGAGCUCUGAUUUGAGUGUUUAUUAAAUUAAAUGUUAUCCACUUUAAAAAUCUAUCCUCCACCCAAUGGACGAGUUCAGUAUAACGCCAAGAAGGGUGACCAUAGUUUAAGUGUUGUAUCAUUCAUUCAAGUGUAGGCUAAACCAAUGUUGUCGACAUGGUAUGGCCUCGGUCGCACAUUCAAAGUCACUGUGCUUUUAAAUCAUGUCAUUGGAGUUUCUGCAAGAUUAAACUAUAUUUAGAUCAGUGAUGGGCACCUGGUAGCCCACUGCCCCCCUUCUGAAGGACCUCGGAUACAUUUUUGGGGGAACUCAGUCGGGUCUCAACUUACUGUUGAGAGUUAGAAUAGUAGAAUACACCAGGUGCAAUUUGUGGUUGUGCAUCAGCAGCUUCUCUCUUGUUAUGUCAGUCACUCAGUCACUCAAUUAGCCCAUAUCAGCUCAAAUGUUUAGCGGACAGUUAUCUAGACUUGUUAUCAUGGUGGAAUUACUGGCCGGGGGCCCCUCCAUUGAUUUUGUUAGUCAGUCUCACUCAGAUAUAUCAUAUUAAAUCCUGCAAACAUUUCUCUCCACCCCAUGGCAAAAUGUCUAGAAUUGCAGGAAAUUAGAUGCAAAACAUCAAAAUCUUCUCUUGGCCCAUGGCAAAUGUCUAGAAUUGCACGAAACUCACAUUUUAAAAAAUCUCUCUCCUCUGUCAAGAAUGUUUUGCUCACGGUGUGGAGGGGUAUGGAUGUGUGUACGCAGACCCCCCACCAUCAUCAUCGUUGCCCAUCCCUGACCCAGAUGAUCUAAAACUGCCAUUUUAUUAUGUCAAUGGAUUGUUGUUUAAAAAAGACUCUUGUACACAUGCUUACGGAGGAACAGAUGGAUCUGUCUGUUCUACUGCUAAAGGAAGACUGUGGUUAUUGUAACCCUGCAGCUCUUAGGAGAAUACUGUCAGCUUGUUUUGUUACAGUAGGUGAACCCCACAACCUAAUCUCUCUCUCUCUGUCUCUCUCUCUCACACACACACACACACACUGUAACCCUCUAUAAUAUCUAUCUGCCAGUGUCAUUUAGCAGUUGGAGAAAGACACCUGAUUAAAAACAUUUGUCUUA